AAGAGGUUACAGGAACUGAUCAUUCCUGUAACAAUACAUGAACCAGAAACUCCACAACAGUUCACUUAGUUUGCUGUACACUUCAGACAAUACAAGGACUCUGGUUUACUUUACCUCCUGUUAAUUUGUCCAGGCUAACUCACAAUAUCAUGAAUAACAUUAAGUGCGUGGUGGUGGGAGACGGGACUGUGGGUAAAACAUGUAUGCUCAUCAGUUAUACAUCCAACGCCUUCCCUGGAGAAUACAUCCCCACAGUGUUUGAUGGUUAUUCUGCCAAUGUAAUGGUGAAUGGGAAUCCAGUGUUACUGGGUCUGUGGGACACAGCAGGACAAGAGGACUAUGACAGACUCAGACCUCUGUCCUACCCUCAGACGGUGGGUGACGUGUUUCUGCUUUGCUUUUCUGUUGUUGGUCCAUCUUCCUUCGAGAAUGUUCGUGCCAAGUGGUUUCAAGAGCUGCAACACCACUGCCCUACAACCCCAAUUAUCCUGGUGGGCACCAAGGUGGACCUAAGGAACGACAGUAAGACCAUUGAAGCUCUGGAGGAGAAGAAACUAACUCCAAUCACCACUGUGCAGGGCUUUGCCAUGGCAAAAGAAAUCGGUGCAGUGAAGUACCUGGAGUGCUCUGCUCUGACGCAGCGCGGCCUUAAGACGGUGUUCGAUGAAGCCAUCAGGGCGGUCCUGUGCCCCCAGCCCACCAAGAAGCCCAGGAGGAGGAAGUGCACCGUACUGUAAGGAAGACCCGUCCGGAUCAGAACACACGACCAGGAUGAAGGAAAAACAGACCACGGGUUCCUACAACUAGCUUUUCUACCACGCUGGAUCAGAGCAUUUUGUACAUAGGAGGAAAAAAAAA